GUAUUUACUGCGUCUUCGUUAAGUACUUGAAUACGGAGAGCUAUAUUUUUUCUGAUGGCUGAAGAAUGGCUCAGGAGCACACAAGGAUGGAAGAGUUUGGAUAUUCAGAAAAGGACGGAGAAGUACCAUUCUGGCUGGAGGACAUUACCAAGGAGAUGAAAGAAACGCAUAUCAGAAACAGCAACGAAUCGCCUCCUACCCUCGAUAAGUCCAAGCUUAACUAUGCCAAGCCUCAGACUCUCAGGUUAACAAGAAGGACAUCUUUGGACACCACGAUGGAUUUGCUCAACAAACCUCAAAUGCAGCCGCUUGCCCAUUCCGCGGGUACAGUUCGGUACAGUAAAGGCUACUCCCAGAACGGCCGACGAAAGUAUCGCAAUAGUCUUCUAGACUGGGACGACAGCAAUGGUUCAUCUAACGACUUCCUCUCCGAUCUGCUGCCGCACUACGUGACGCCCCGCCAUCGCAGGGACGACCACGACUUCAAGGACGUCAUACUUGGGACGAGACAGCAAGACAUCAAAACAGGCCGAACAAAAUCUAACGAUACGUCAUCAAGCAUUCACACAGGCUCGCUUAAAAAAUACGCUAGUUACACCACCAAUCCGCCAAAGAAACCUGCAUCACUAAGUUCUGUGCCAUCUUUAAGGAACACCGACACAAAAAGUACAAAAGAGUGGUUAAAAAGCGAGUUUGUGAUACCCGAAUUGCCUGAAGGGAGGUUGCUGGAACUGAAGGUAUACUCCAACUGGGGGGACAAGUACUUGGUUGGAUUGAACGGCAUAGAGCUGUUUAAUUCGGACGGACAACUAGUGCCAAUCGAAAAGGUAUGGACGGAUUCAGAAGCCGGCGAUACAAAGCAAGGUCGCCCCGAUGCAAUCGUGGAUGGAGUGGUACGAACAAGAGACGACCGACAUAGCUGGACGACUCCUAUACCAAGGAGUGCACCCGUAGUGCUUAGUUUACUCUUGGCUAACUGCGCCACUAUCGCUUUGCUCAGAAUUUGGAACUAUAACAAGUCCCGCAUAUACUCUUCACGUGGGAUCCGCUUGGUGCAGAUCAAAUUGGAUGACCGUGUUAUAUUUCACGGUGAAGUUGCUCGCGCGAGCGGGGAGCUCAAGGGCCUUCUCCCUACGUUCGGUGACACGAUCCUCUUCACAAAAGACCCAUCCAUCCUCGAAGCCUUAAUGGUAAACGACAGGAACUUCCAAGCGCUCAUGCGAGACAACGAGCCCAGUGACAUCCCAGCAUUUCCAGCUGACAUGAGGCCUCCCACAGCCGACGGGAGGGACGGACUCAGUCCUACGCUGAAUGAAUCCUGGGAAGAGCAGAAGGAGACCAAAUACGAGGCCAAGAAGAUUAAGAUAACGCUCAUGUCAACGUGGGGACAGAGGAAUCUGAUAGGGCUGACAGGAAUCGAGAUCCUCUGCUACAGGUCCGCCAUCCGCGUGCACCGCGCCUACGCCUACACGUCCCACAUCUCGGAAGAUCGCCUCGACCCGUCCAAGUUGCUGGACUGCAAGAGCCUGUUCAACGGACGCAACAUCUCCACGGACUUUGAGGAUAUGUGGUGCACGAACUUUGUUUCGGGGAGCAUGUUUUGUCAUAUCGUCAUGGAGUUACCAGAGACUAGUGAAAUCACAUGUAUUCGCAUCUGGAACUACAACGCCAACGUGGACCUGUCGUACAUCGGUGCCAAGCACUGCCGCAUCUCCCUAGACGGCAACCCUCUUCAGAGCCGCCCGAUAUUACUCCGGCGGGCCCCUGGAGAUACCUGCUACGAUUAUGUACAGCAGCUGGACUUGCAGGCUGAAGAUCGGUUAGAAAACCCAAAGGAACUCGACUACACAGAGGUGUACAACGGCGGUGCAGAGCUGAGCGCGCCCAUCGGCUUCGUUAUCCAGAUCAGCAUAUUCUCCACCUGGGGUGACGCGUACUACGUGGGUCUUACGGCGGUCGAGUUGUACGAUCCUAUGGGGAACCUCAUACCGGUUACCGAGACCAACGUGUGCGCGCACCCGGCGAGCGUGAACGUGCUGGACGCGCGCGCUCUGGACGUGCGGACGCCGGACAAACUUGUGGACGGAGUCGUCUCGUGUGACGCGGCGCACUCCUGGCUAGCGCCCAUCUUGCCACACACACUCAACAGGGUAUUUUUCGUGUUCGACGCACCAGUGUCAAUUUAUGGGAUGAAAAUAUGGAACUACGGCAAAACUCCCUCGAGAGGCGUCAAGGAAUUUGGAGUGUUGAUCGACGACUUGCUCCUGUUCAACGGCACGCUGGAGUGCGCGAAGCCCGGCGGCACGCUCGCGCCGCAGUGGGUCUGCCUGCAGAACAACGAUGACGACUCCACGCCCAGCCCCCCUCCGCGCAGCACCACCUCGGGCUCGCGCACCGCCGUGGACCCCGCAGCGCGCCCCUACACCGGCGUCAGCCACCACAGACUACACUAA